CUUGUUUCCAUGUGAUUUGCCACGUCAAUAUUUUCGUCCACAAAUUCGACGCCAGUACCAACUUCGACGAGAAAGGUCAUAACUCAUUACUCAAGGACUCCAUUGCAUGAAAUAAGUUCAGCGAGGGACCUGAUUAGACAAUAGAUGAAAAUUCAGGACCUUGGGAGUGCCUCAAGACUUUGGAUGGUCCCUUGAAGAAGCACAUCACAGAAAUCAUCGAAGCUCAUCUGCGUCAGGUUGGUCGAGUUCUUGCUGAAUUCUUUCGAUCUCGCUCCGCUCUUCCUCCUCCUCGAUCCACCGCAAGCGAGAACUUGGCAGCGUUUCCGAAUGUCGGACUUGUGAGACUCGGCAUUUCAAGUACGGGGGGAAGAUUUUAAGGAAUCGGCCAAUCUCUCGGCUUCGCUGCGCGAGAGACCAUGAAUUCUGGAUCGCACGACGUGCUCAAUGCGGUGCUGCCGCUGCUGAAGCUCCUCACCAUAACGCUGAUCGGCCUCCUCCUCGCCCACCCAAGAUUCAAGAUCGCCCCCAAGUCCACUUUCAGGCUGCUUAGCAAGCUCGUGUUCGCUCUGUUCUUGCCCUGCUUGAUCUUCACCCACCUCGGCCCCUGCAUUUCGUACAAGAGCAUCGUCCGGUGGUGGUUCAUUCCCGUGAACAUCUUGGUCAGCACCGGCAUUGGGUGUGUCCUGGGAUUCGUGGUUGCGCUGAUAUGCCGACCGCCGCCCGAAUUCUUCCGGUUCACUGUGAUCAUGACCGCGUUUGGGAACACAGGCAAUCUUCCUCUGGCAGUCGUCUCGUCGGUGUGUCAUAAUGUGGAGAACCCGUUCGGUCCGGAAUGCUAUGGCCCCGCCGUGGCCUAUGUCUCGUUCUCGCAGUGGGUGUCGGUCCUGUUGGUCUAUACUCUAGUGUACCACAUGAUGGAGCCGCCACUGGAGUUCUACGAGGUCAUCGAUGAUAGAGUCGAGAUACCUGAAAUACAUGAAAUAACCGAAGAAGAUUUCGAGAGACCAUCGAUCAACGGGGACGCGCUCGCCAGCGAUCUGAGCAGGCCGCUCUUAGUUGAAGCCGAAUGGCCUGGAAUUGAAGAUAAAGAGACCGAGCAUUGCAAGACGCCCUUCAUUGCAAGGCUGUUCAAUAGCAUACCGGGCUUUUCACACACCGCACUUCCGGACCCUGGUCCGCCGGAGGCCGACGGUGAAAACAGCCCGAAGUCCGUGAGGUGCUUAACUGAGCCGAAGGUGAUUCGGAAGAUCAGAAUCGUUGCCGAGAAGACCCCGAUUCACCACAUCCUUCAACCCGCGAUCAUAGCAUCCAUCUUAGCUAUAUUCGUAGGGAUGAUUCCUAAACUCAAGGACUUAUGCUUCGGAGACGACGCCGUGCUCGGCUUCCUCACGGACAGUUUGGACAUCAUGGCGGGUGCGAUGGUGCCCUCAGCAAUGCUCGUCCUAGGGGGAAUGCUCGCCGAGGGCCCCAACGAGUCGAGGCUCGGCCUCCGCACCUCGAUUGGGAUCAUGGUCGCCCGGCUGCUGGUGCUUCCCCUGCUGGGCAUCGGUGUGGUACUCCUGGCCGACAGGUGGGGCUUGCUGAUGCCUGGGGACGAGCUCUACAAGUUCGUGCUCCUGCUGCAGUACACGACGCCGAGCGCCAUCUUGCUCGGCGCGAUCGCGAGCCUGCGGGGCUAUGCCGUGAGCGAGGCCUCGGCGCUCCUCUUCUGGCAGCAUGUGCUGGCUCUGGUCUCUCUGUCCGUGUACCUGACGGUCUACUUCAAGUGGUUUCUGUCUUCCAGUUGAGAUUUUGUACAAAAAGGGUGCUUUUGAAAUGUUGGCCAUAAGCUCAUGUAUUGCCCCGAUUCAACUCAUGUAAUCUCACAGGCAUGUGGUGCCUAUAUUCUUUGUUUGGCUUUGGAAGA